AUGGGCGGUUUGGAAUAUCGCGAUUUAAUUAUCAAAAAUUUGUUUACGAUGCGUUGGCCGAGCGAAGUUAUCACGCCAUUGGCCGAUAUGUGCAGCGUUGGCCGGCCUGUAGUGGUAAAACUAAACAGUGGUGUCGAUUAUAGAGGAGUUUUAGCUUGUUUGGAUGGCUACAUGAAUAUAGCUUUGGAUCAGACUGAGGAAUAUGUAAAUGGUCAAUUGAAAAAUAAAUACGGUGAUGCUUUUAUACGUGGCAAUAAUGUUUUAUAUAUAUCCACGCAAAAGCGACGAGUUUGAUUAAAACAAUUUUUGAAAAGA